AUGCAGUGUAUUGCCCCUUGGAUCCCGGCAUUCAAGAACGGGUUGGCCACAGAAAACAAAUCCUUCGUUACCUUUUCAUUUGCUACCAUCGACUCCAAAAGAUUGAUCCCAAGAGUCAGAACUUGUGUGUACCGAGGAUUCUUAUUCGAUGAUGAAUCCACCAACUCGAUAAUAUUCACCACUGAUAACCGAUCAUCGAAAUUUGAUGAAUUAUUACACAAUAACAACGUCGAAGCAGUAUUUUAUUUGAAUAAAUCAAACAAACAGUUCCGUUUCAGUGGCAGUGCCAAGUUGAUCAACCCAUCAAGUGGGGUGUUUCCUAACGUUAUCUUGCCAGAUAUCGCCAAUAAACCAUACGAGGAAGAUGAAGAUAAUGAUGUGGAACAAUUAUCGGAUGAAGAUGAAGAAAAGGAUAUAAAGAAACAUAAUAAGAGAAAUAACCGUACAGAUUACGAAGAAGACGACGACGACGACGACGAAGUGGUGCGCAUUGGCCAACCAGUAUUGCAUAAGCUGGGAUCAACAAUCUCAGUAUUUAAAGCCCCUGCCGAUUAUACAAUAAUAAACAAAGUUCCUUCACGAACCCCGCUGACUACAGAAACCGCGGGGAUGAUUGAUGAACCGCUAAAUUAUCCGCUUUUCUCCCCUUCAUCGCUCGAGAAAAUCCAACAGAGACUCGAAUCACAACCAUAUAAUUCACUCAAUGAAUUGCUCUUAGAACUGCCAGAAAUCAUAUACCCUCCAACCCAUAAGGAUUGGCAACAAGAGUAUCAGCGGGCUUGGGAUUUGUUGUCAUCUCGAAGCAAAUCAAAUUUCAAAUCCCCAAAACCGAAAACUUUGAUCACCGAAGAAAAAAGAAAGUUACUUGAUAGAAUCUCCAGAGGAGUGGAUGGUAAAAGUAUCGAAGCUGGGAAAGACCAGUGUGCUGUGGUGGUAUUUUUGAUUAAUAAAGUUGAUUUCUACAAAGAUAGUUAUGGAAACUCCAAAAGAUUGAUUUAUGAGCGUGUCAAUUUUGAUCAAUGGAAAGAAAGUGAGGUUGUUCCAUGA